GAGGCACUAUGCCUGUCAGGCGCGGUCUGCCCUUCUGGUGUUGUGCGAGGUUGAGAGCUCAAGAAGAACAUUUCAGACGCUGAUAGACAAAAGACCCAACCAUGGCCUCUGGGGUGACAGUGACCGAUGAAGUUAUUACAGUCUUCAACGAGAUGAAGGUGCGUAAGGCCCAGGCGAACGAGGAUGAGAAGAAGAAGAGGAAGAAGGCGGUGCUGUUCUGCCUGAGCGAGGACAAGAAGCACAUCGUCCUUGAAGCAGGUCGGGAGAUCCUGACUGGCGACGUGGGUACCACCAUCACAGACCCCUACCUGCACUUUGUCAAGAUGCUGCCCGCAGACGACUGCCGCUACGCCCUCUAUGAUGCCACCUAUGAGACCAAGGAGACCAAGAAAGAGGACCUUGUCUUCAUCUUUUGGGCCCCAGAUGGUGCCCCACUAAAGAGCAAAAUGAUCUACGCCAGCUCAAAGGAUGCCAUUAAGAAGAAAUUCACAGGUAUCAAGCAUGAAUGGCAAGUUAACGGUUUGGAGGACAUCAAAGAUCGGCGAACCUUAGCAGAGAAGCUUGGAGGCUCAACAGUGGUCACCCUUGAAGGUGGGCCUGUAUAAAUCCAGUCUCGGGUAUCAACUGAGGCCUACAGGGGAAAAAUAGAAUUUAAAAUCCUGUGGGUAUGGCUGUUCAUUCUAGAAUGAUAAGGAAUUAGGUGAGGGGGUUUAGAGUACUAAUAAGAGGAUGUUGUUGUGGGGAGAAGAAUCAAGCAUGCUAUUUCAUGGUUUAAAAUUGUGGUUAUCAUUCUACUUGUCACAAUGAAGAACACACAGACAUGUCUUAAAUGGCAAUUUGUGAUGAAGGAUUAUGACAAAAUAAAUGAAGAUUUGUCACCAUUUCCGAGAUUGGCCUUGCAAUUUCCAAACUAAUGAAGAACAAAAUGUGGUUUACAGAGUGACAUUUUUUAACAGAGAUGCGGACUGGGUAUGUCCCUUGUAUGAUGGAGGGGUGUAUGGAUCAGGCAGAUGAAAUAGAAACUAACGAGCAGGGCUAUGACCAUCCCAGUGGGUAAACAUGUCAAUUUAUGCACUCUGUUCACACUUAAUUAUCUGAUGGUAAUUCCUGUAUUGCCAAAUUAGUUAUUCUUUAGCAUGUCUAGCUUAAACUAGGUUUAUUUUCCAACAUGCUUCCAGUAAAAUUCAAAUUCCAAAACUUGACCUUAUUCCAGUAAGUUAAUAUUUACAAGCGCAAACGGUUAAGAAGCUGUGUACAAAAAUGCAUUCCUUUUUUCAUGAUGAAAUUUCAGAACAGCUUGAACAGGGAUCGAUAGAUGGUUUAACAAUGUGGAGUCAGGGGUAUGUAGUAAUGUGGGUGGCACCAGUUGGAAGAAGCCUAUGAGAGAAAGUAAAGUGUGGGUGUUUUGUUUUUGUCUCCUAAUGUCUAAAUAAAGAAAAUGCACUUACAUUUA